AUGAUGAUCAGCCAGACCCGAGAUGGCCAUUUUGGCCCAGAUGUUCUUACGUCUGACGCUUCCGGAGAGGAGCUGCCGCUGGAUGCUCUUGCAACUGAGGAGAGGCGGCUAUCCGUUCGGGAGCUGAAGGCGCGACUGGAGCCCUCCUGCGGGCAUCCGCGCUUCCGGCAGCGACUUCUUCUCUUGAGAGGCUGGGCAACCUCCUCCCUCAGCGGCUUUCUGGAUGAUGGUGAGAUCCUCCAUGGGGAGAUUGAGUUGACCCUCAUUUGCCAGCCCUUUGCGGAAACGUCCGAGCAACAGAUAGCGGCGCUGGUUGCUGCAGCCGCGCGUGGCUUUCUGGACCAGGCUGAGGAGCUGCUCUCCAGGCCGCAGGAUCCAAACCUUCUCAGCGUGGACAACGUUAACAGUGAAGCCAAAACUCCGCUGGGCAUGGCCGUGCGCUCAGGUCAUGUUGGGGUGGUUCGCUUGCUGUUGGAGGCUCACGCUGACCCCAAUCAAGGAUUCGGGGAGCAGGAGGAGAGUGGGUGGCUGCACGAGACGCCCCUCAGCGCGGCUGUCUGCCGCAAUGAUUUGGCCACGGUCCGAGCACUCCUUGCAGCAAGGGCCGACACAAACCAGGAGUUCGAUAUGAGUGGGAUGGAGAAGACCGCUUUAGGCGAGGCCUGUCGCAGUGGCUUGGACGACGUCGUGCGCGAGCUCCUGGCGGCCCGCGCCAACCCGCGACAGUGCCACUACAACUGGCCUCACUUCGACAGCCCACUCAUGGUGGCCGUCCGCGUGGGCCAGCUGAGCAUCGUGCGUCGCUUACUGGAAGCGCGCGCCACCUGUCACAUGGAUGGACUGUGGCGCAACUCACCAGUCCGCGUGGCGCUGUCCAUGGGCCAUUUCGAGAUCGCCAAUAUGAUGGGAUACGUAUUUGACCACGUCUUUACUCCCAACUCUUCGAAUCCGUGA